UUCACACUGCGAGUGCGAACCGAAAGCUUCUGAUUUUCCGUCUUUUGGAGUCUAUGGGCAGAGGGAAAGAGAGGGAAUGAAGUAGAGAAGUGCAGGUGUAAAUUAAAUGUGAAUUUGUCGAUGGUUGUUUUGAAGAAUUGAAGGUUGUUACUUUCUAAAUUCUUCCUUUCUGUUUUAUAGCUUAGUUUUCGAGGCUCUGCUGGUAUUUCAAUGGUCUGUUUGGGGGCUCAAAGCGAGAGACCUAUCGAAUUAACCUCUGGGAUUUUUUGGGUUCUUCAGAUCGUUUCAGAGUGAAAAUUUUUUAUUGGGUUACUGUGUUUUGGCCGUGAUGUGUGAGAUUAAGAUCUGCGGAUGAGAAGUAAGUAUAGUCUCUGUCUCCUUAAAGCACUGUUUAAUGGAUUCAGGUUCAGGGAGAUUCGUACUCAUUAAUGGGGUUUCUUUUUAAUUCAAAAGAUUUUUCUAAUGAGUGGGAUCUGCAUAUGCUCUUGUGAAAAUACAAGGUGACUCACGGGUGUAACAGAAAGCAUAACUUGGAAGAGAAAUGGAAGGGAAAGAUCUGUGUUUGGCUUAUUAAAUCGGUUAUGGCCGUCAAAGCCGUUUCCAACAGGCGGAUGUUGUUAGUUUGUGAUGAUUAAUGUGAAAGAAACGGACAUGAGUCGAGACGUGAGGCGUGGAGCGAGUUGGUCUCUGACAGAUUAAGCAAACUUGGACACAAGCUUAUCUGUGGUUUGAACGGUGGUGGUGGUGACUUCGUAUCUUCGGAGAAAUCGAAUAAAGAGAAAUAAGAAAUUGAGUGCUGUUAAUAGAGUAGAGCAGCUUCGAGCAACGAAGACAACUAUGAAAUGGGUUGCAACUUAGCUGAUAAAGGAGAGGCUCUUCCUUCACAAGCACCUUCUAUAAGUGGUGGUGGUGGUGGUGCCGCUAAGAGAUUCAAGCUACCCAGCAAGGAACUUUUUCAUGGGUGCAAUGGCGUUGAUCAUGUUUCUGUUCCGCGGAAGCUACGGUCAGCCAUGAAGAAACGCAAUCUAGAAUCUUUAUCUCCACCUUUUCCAGAUUCAAAGAAGUUGAACCAUUCUACUGGUGGUGUUGAAUCACCCAAAAGGGUUGGUCUAAAGAAACUGAAACAGAAUCUGAAACAAGGGAACCCAAACUGGUCCCUGAAGCAGAAUGCGGGUGGGCCAAUCACCAAAGAUGAGGAAGAAGUUGUGGAGACAUUGUAUGCUUUGGCAGGAAUGUUCCCCAACAUUGAACAUGCUGGUAACAACAAAUUGGAUACGAGUCCUUCAGCUUUGCCCGAGGCUGUUGAUAGACAUCCACCCAAAUUGGAAGAUUCUGUAGCUAUAGAAGAAGACCUGAAUGAAAUUUGCGAAUCAAGAUCUGAUGAAGCUGUUAAUCCUGCUUCUGACAUAGAAAAAUCAACUGGAGAAACUGCUAAAGUUUAUUCAAUGAUUGGACCUAGUAUUCAAGAACCAUGUAAUUUGUCCAGCAGUGAGAAACACCAUGGAGAAAACAGUUUUGUUGCUCAAGUGAAUUUGCACAAGUUGGUUAAACACGAGGAACAAAAGACACCAUGCAACUUGUUUAACCCAUGCUUUCUACCUGGGCCCCGCCAGGAUACUGGGGAAUUAAAGCAGCCUGCAAAACCAGAAACUUCCCUUAUUGAUGGAAAGACAGAAUUAGCAUUAGCACCGACUACAGCAACUGGAAAUCAACUAGACCAAUAUCAUACUAUUGGCGCAUCCAAAAACAACAGUCCAGUACUGUGGCCAGGAUUGUCUUCAUCAAAGUCGCAUGGUGUUUGUCAUGGGCCUUUAUCACAAUCCUGUGCUGCUAAAGUACCUGCUUGGCUUGGUGCUCAACCUGGUUCAUUUCAAAAUGUUUCGACUGGAAAGGUUUUUAAAAUUUCAACUGACAGAGGGUCAUGGAAGAGGUGCGCAGCUCAUGUUUACAUUGGCCAUCUCAUUCGGGCUUUGCAGAUACCUCGGAGCAAAGAAAGCUUGCAAAGGCCUCUGAAUCAAUUGAGACCGCAUGAAAUAUUGAAGCAAGGUGUACUUAGGACAAUAAAUGACUUCAAUGGCAUUAGAAAUGAUUUGAACGGAAUUACAUCUAUUGGCACAGUAGUUAAUGCACCUGUGAAGAAUCCAAAUGACGGUAAAAAUGAUAUUUUUCAACACCUAAGGCCACACCAAGAUCGUUCUCAGUCUGCUCUGGCCUCUCAGAAGCAGGGUUUCAAUUUUUUAUCUCUAUCAGCUGGAGGUGGUGGGAUGGAACCUAAUAACAGUUUUAAUGGACCUGGAAAUGGUUUGGAACCAUUUGCACAACUUCAAGUUCCUUAUCAUGCGCAAUAUCCCACACUCAUGCCUUUCUCCAUGUCACAAACACGAUAUACACCUGCUUACCAUGAUUCGCCUUCAACAGUAGCACAACAGGCCCAACUUCAGCUGAUUCCCCAUCUCACCGGCCCAUAUUGCGUUCCCCAUGCAAGUUCUAAGGCCUUGACAAAGCAGCCACAGCAGCAACAACAGCAGCUUUGGGCCGCUCAAUUGGGAGUUCAAUACGGAAACACUUCAGCAGCCAUGACUCAGUUUCCAAGCUGGCAGAAUGAAAGGCAAGAAUCGCCUAGGCUUAUGCCCUAUAUCCCCCCCUCUUUGCCUUCAACUUCAACACUAGAAGUCCUGGGCCCCAAGUAUCCUCACAUCACUCAGCAGCAGCAGUUCACGGCCGUAACUUUGCCGCAAGCAAGGAUGAAGAGGCAAGAUCACCAUAUUCCUCCUGUUUAUGAAGAAACUGGAGUUGGGUUUCGAGCUGGCGGUGGCACAUUGCCAUUGCGUUUACUCUGCAGUGAGCAACUGUGAGAGGAAUAUAGAGUCGAGAACUGUUACAAUCAGGCGAUGGGCAGACAGUAACAUAUUAUUUCAUUCUUUACUUUCUAUUAACGCUUGUGAGCCGUUGCUCUAUUUUGGCAUGGUCAAAUAUAGGGAUCUGAGAUGUAAGUGGGGCAUUAAAAUAGCAUCGAGGGAAGAGCAGUCUGGGGAAUCAGAUGCGUAUAUGAGCAUAUUAAAGCAUAUCUGCUGCCAAGGAUUGUUUGCUGGCGUCUACCUUACCCGUUUACGCAGAAAAUAUAAACUUGCUUAUGCCCACCCUCCCUUUGAGUAUGAUAUGGACCCAUGCCUUUGAUUAUACAUUCUUAAUCCUCCUCUGCACAUGUAUGAUUUUUAUCCACUUGUAUUUACAUGAAUAUCGCUUGAAA